AUGCGCACUCCGCCAGCGCCACAGGUCUCCGUGCGGCUGCAUGCUUCCGCUGGCUCGGUUUUCUUCCCCCCUUUCCCCCUUCAGCUUCCGUUUGCGCCAGCCGAGAUCCACUCCACAUUCGCGGGAUUCCUUGGUUUCCCUUGGAGUGAAGGAAUUCAUACCUCCGUCUCCGCCAGUAUGAGCAAAUUCGACACCAACCCGUUCGAUGAGGGCGGCGAGAGCAGCAGCAAUGCUGCUCCUGUUCCGAAGUCGGGUCUCGGUUCCUUUUUCGACAAAGCUGGAGCGGCUGUCUCAUCCAUGGCGGCGUCGUUUGACAGCGUCGCUUUGACGCCCAAGGUUCGUCCUCUCCCCUCGUCUUUCCCCCUGCUCUAUCCCUUCUUGGCACCAUAUUCGGACAUCGUGGAGAAGGAGACUCAGCUGGCUGCGAGAGAACAGGAGCUCAAGCGGAGAGAGGAGGAGCUCACCCAACGCGAAGCAUCGCUGGGGAUCCAGCGCAACAACUUUCCGCCGUUCUUCCCCCUCAUCCAGCACGACAUCUCCGCGGACAUCCCCUCCCACGUGCAAUACAUGCAAUACCCCGCCUUCGCCUCCUGGCUCGGCAUCAUUCUGUGCCUGGUGUUCAACCUGGUCGCAGUGAUCGUGUCGUGGGUGCUCGGCGCUGUCAGCUCCACCUCGGGCAUGGGUAACUUCUUCCUGGCCAUCAUCUACGGCGUGCUUGGCAUCCCCCUCUCCUAUAUCCUGUGGUACCGCCGCCUCUACAACUCACUCAAGAAGGACAGUGCGCUUGGCUUUGGAAUCUUCUUCCUCGGGUACCUGAUCCAUUGUGGCUUCUGCAUCUUCGCCUCAGUCGCUCCGCCCAUUUUCUUCAGUGGCUUGGCCCUCACCGGAGUGCUCUCCACCAUCUCGGUCUUUGGUAACUCCGUUACAACUGGGAUCUUCUUUGCUGUUGGUACAGCUCUCUUCAUUGGGGAGACGUGCCUGUCCAUAUACACCCUGGGUGCAUCUCCGCCCAGUCAGUCCUUGUUGCAUGCUCUGCUUGUGUAUCCUCUGGUGCUUUGUGCUCUGCGCCUGUGCACCUCUUAA